UGAUCUGAUUUUAGAAUCUAAACCACAAUAACUGCUGUUUUAUUUGUUGCUCAAAGUAAUGAAUGAAAAUCCUCACAAGGCCGUUCAAGACAAACUUAAAAAUAGUCAAUAAAUGGUAUUGUAAAAAUAAUACUAUGGUAUUUAAAGCCGUUCUAACAGGAUACUACCAUAUAAGGCUGAGUUCAUUGUCAUUUUGCUUGUUGUACUUCAGUAACACCAGCGUGCACGUACACCACUUCCUGGUGUUACAGCACAUAGUGUCCACUGGAUGGAGCACGACACAAAGGAAAGGCGAGCACGGAGUCACUUUGCUGUAAACCAUUAUUUGUGACAUAAAGGAUAAGCUCUCAUGUAGGACAAAUGGGUUUUUGAAUGGUGGUCUAUUGAAUAGGUCAACAAUGACCAUGCUCCCUGCAUAUCUCUUUGUCAAAUAUGUCAAGGGGUUUUAGUUGGAGGUAAAAAAUACACCUGGUAGAACAGUUUAUAUUUUCUAAUGACCCUCACAAUGCUUCCAUUAAUGAUCCUCAUUAUCCAGUAAGAUUCUUUGGGCUAAAAGGUACUGGUGGAGAGGGAAAAUACCAAUGUGUUUCCCUCAAUAGGAACCUAAAACUAACUGCGUUCAUCAGGUUUUCUCUACAACAGAGACUCUGCCAAACUCUAUCAGUACAGAGGAUAAUGUGAACAGUGUUUCAGAAAGCAACAUGAUAUUUCAAUUUUCCUUUCUUCAUAUUAAGAAUAAACUAUAGCCUAUGAAUGUUGAUGCAGCAGCUGUGUAUCCUUUAAAAGUCUCAAAAUAAUGAAUAAUAAAACAACAGACAGACAACUCUCCUCUGCUGAAACUAAGCGUCAGGCCUCUGGGUGGGGCAUUUACAGGUCAACUAUUGUGCAAAAUGCACCUUUUGAUGUCUUUUAUAUCUAAAUAUGGUGUAAAGAAAAUACAACCCUCUCUCUUUACCUCCUUACCCACAUCUCUAAAAACGGGGGUACAACGGAGCUGAUCCAGAUUUGCUGCGGACUUGACGUCAUAUCGGAAAUGUGGGCUGGCUUUUCAUUAUGUGUGAACCAAAAAUUCACAUCUUACAGCUCAGGGGAAAAUGUGUAUGUCACUUUAAUAAUGUCUUAACAUGAGGAAGAUAACACUUAACCAAAAGAGCUGCAGUAAGAGGCGGGGCAAACUGGAAGGGCUACAUAGCAAUGUGAUAAUCGUCACAUCAAACUCAAGGUCUGCAAGUGUUGAAGUGUUUCCACAGGAGACGUUCUCUAAAUAAAUAUUAGUGUUACUCAACACAUCAGGGUCUCCGCUGCACGGAUAUGGCUAGCUGCCUGCUAUCUGAAGAUCAGUUCCUCUGCUCCAUCUGCCUGGAUGUGUUCACUGAUCCAGUCACUAUACCAUGUGGACACAACUUCUGCAAAGACUGUAUCACUGAACACUGGGAUAUAGGUGACAACAAGUGCCAGUGUCCCAUGUGUAUGGAGGUGUUUACCAUAAGACCUGGUUUGACAGUCAACACUUUACUUUCUGAAACGGUCGCUCAGUUCAGAGAGUCUGCUCCCCAGAAAGCCAGCAGCAGCAGCUCAGAGCAACAAGUCUUCAAACCAGGAGAAGUUCCCUGUGAUGUCUGCACUGAAACCAAACUGAAGGCCCUGAAGUUCUGCCUGGUGUGUCUGACCUCAUACUGUGAGACUCACCUGGUGUUUCAUCUGACAAUGUCGGGCCUGAAAAGUCAUCAGCUGAUCGACCCUGUGGAGAACCUGGAAAACAGGAUCUGUACGACGCACGGUAAACCUCUGGAGCUGUUCUGUAAGACCGACCAGACAUGUGUCUGCGAGCUCUGCCAUGUUUCAGACCACAAGAUGCAUGAUGUGGUUCCUCUCAAAGAAGAAUACGAGGAAAAGAAAGCAGCGCUGCUGAAGACGCAGGCUGAAAAUCAGCAGAUGAUCCAGACAAGAAGAAAGAAGAUUAAGGAUUUCAAACACUCAGUCGACUUCAGUGAAAAAGAAGCAGACAGAGAGAUAGGGGAAGGUGUUCAGGUCUUAACUGCUCUUAUGGAGUCCACUGAGAGACAACUGAACCAACUUAUUGACACGGUAAAGAGGAAGCACAAAACAACAGAAAAACAGGCAAAUACUUUCAUCAAAGACCUUAAACAAGAAUCCUCUAAGCUGCAAAAGAGAGGCGCUGAGAUAGAGCGUCUUUCACAAUGUGAUGACCACCUUGAUUUUCUCCAGGGUGUCCAGUCCCUAAAAAUCCAACACCGACCACCCACCAAAGACUGGACAAGUGUCAGCUUCCAUCCAUCAUAUGUGGGCGCCGUGAGGAGAGCAGUGGCUCAGGUGAAGGAUUCACUAAGUUUAAUAAUGAGGGAACUGAUGGAGGCUGAGCUGAAGAAGGUCCAGAAGUACGCAGUGGACUUGACUUUUGAUCCCGACACAGCAAAUCCUGAAAUCUUCCUGUCUCCUGAUAAAAAACAAGCAAGUCCUGGUAACGUAAGGAGGGAUCUCCCAGACAAUCCAGAGAGAUUUUCUGAUUGUGUUUGCCUCCUAGCAGAGCAGAGUUUCUCUUCAGGAACAUUUUACUACGAGGUUCAAGUUAGAAGGAAGACAAACUGGGAAUUAGGAGUGGCCAGAGAGUCGAUCAACAGGAAGGGAAAAGUCCAACUGAGCCCUCAGUGCGGUAACUGGACUAUAUGGUUGAGAAAUGGAAAAGAGUACAAAGCUCAUGAUGGGGCCCAAGUCCUUCUCUCUCUAAAGUCUCAGCCUCAGAAGGUGGGGGUGUUUGUGGAUUAUGAGGAGGGUCUGGUCUCCUUUUAUGAUGUAGAUGCUGCAGCUCUGAUCUACUCCUUUACUGGCUGCGCCUUCAAUGGGAAAAUCUACCCAUACUUCAGUCCUGGUGGUUUUGACAGAAAAAACCAUGUACCUCUGACCAUUUCUCCUGUCAGUGUAAACUAAUCACUCAUCUUAUUCCAUGUAUUGAUUUGUUUUUCAUUCAAGGGAACAAAUUUACAUAUUUAGUGGCAAAACUGUUUAGUUUCCAUUUGAUUUUUUACACAAUAAGUUUCAAGGUUUCAAGGUUUCAAGUAUCCUGUGGUAAAUGACCUAUCCUUCUUUCAUGUAUUGAAUUCCAAAAUGGAACUUAAUGUUAAUAUACAUCUUAUUUUCUACCUAAUCUAUUCACUGUGUUGAUUGAUUCACACAUUGUAAACAUUGUGUUUAUCAUAUGCAUCACAAUACAUGGGCAACACAUCAUUUUGAUCAACUCUGCAUUGUGAUACACAUGUUGAGAACAUCCGCUCAAACAACAGACAUUCAUUUUCACUUCUAGAAGAAAUGACUCUUCCUAGAGCAGCCCAAUAUGUCAUGCUGAAUUCAAUAUGUGUCAUUUGUAUACCAGCUAUAAAAGUAAAUGGAAAAUGUUAUUGAAGAUUGCACAAUUUUCUAUUUUGUCUGUAUUGUUUCCAUGCAUUAUUUGUCAUCUUUUAAAAUAUUGAAAUGGAUUAUGCGUUGAAGAAAAAAUGAAUAUGUGAUUUGCUGAUGCAUUGUGAUUCCUAAAGCUGCUUCACAAUAAAAGCUCCUCUGUGCUCCACCUGUUGGGAGGCUUUUAAUU